GCUCUAGUUCUCACCUCUAUACUUGUUGAGAGCGCUCCAAGUCUCCUAAACCCUCACACCUGACAGAAAUUACAAUCAUGAGUCUGCAGCCACCCUCGCUCGCCAUGCGCCCCGCGUCCCGAUCUGGCGGCUCGACCAAAGCGGUUAUUUUGGUCGGCGGGCCCUCCCGAGGCACCAGGUUCAGGCCUUUGUCUAUGGACCUGCCUAAGCCGCUCUUCCCCGUUGCAGGCCACCCCAUAAUCGAGCACUGCUUCCGCGCCAUUACCGGCGUCCCCGAGGUCAAGGAAGUCUUCAUCGUCGGCUACUACGAGGAGUCCGUCUUCCAGCCCUUCAUCAACUCCGUCUCCAACAACUUCCCCCACUUGAGCGUCAAGUACCUACGAGAAUACCAGGCACUGGGCACCGCAGGUGGCCUCUACCAUUUCCGCGACGUCAUCUUGAAGGGCAAGCCCGACAAGCUCUUCGUGCUCAACGCAGAUGUCUGCUCUUCAUUCCCGCUGGCGGAGAUGCUUAAGUUGUUCGAGGACAAGGACGCCGAGGCAGUGAUGUUGGGCACGAGAGUUGCCAACGAGGCAGCCUCCAACUUUGGUUGCAUCGUCUCUGACGCACACACCAAGCGCGUACUCCACUACGUCGAGAAGCCCGAGUCGCACAUCUCCAACCUUAUCAACUGCGGAAUCUACCUCUUUGCGACCGAGUGCAUCUUCCCCGCCAUUCGCAGCGCCAUCAAGCGACGCACCGAGCGCCCGCGCCUCCUCUCGUACCCCUCCUCGGAGAACCUCGAGUCUUCAUUCUACCAGAACGACGACGACGACGAGAACAAGGAGAAUGCUGUCAUUCGCUUGGAGCAGGAUGUGCUGUCGGAUGUUGCCGACAGCAGGCAGUUCUUCGUCCUCGAGACCAAGGACUUCUGGCGCCAGAUCAAGACUGCUGGCUCAGCUGUGCCCGCCAAUGCGCUGUAUCUGCUGAAGGCUUUCCAGUCUGGCUCUGAGGAGCUCGCUGCUCCUUCAGCGAACAUCAUCCCACCCGUCUACAUCCAUCCCUCUGCACAGGUCGACCCCACGGCCAAGCUUGGACCCAACGUGUCCAUCGGCCCUCGCGUCCACAUUGGCGCGGGUGUCCGUGUCAAGGAGUCCAUUGUUCUGGAAGACUCGGAGAUCAAGCACGACGCGUGCGUCAUGUACACCAUCAUUGGCUGGCACAGCAAGGUCGGCGCAUGGGCCCGUGUCGAAGGAACCCCAACGCCCGUCACCAGCCACUCGACCAGCAUCAUCAAGAACGGCGUCAAGGUUCAGAGCAUCACCAUUCUUGGUCGGGAUUGCGCCGUCGCGGAUGAGGUCCGUGUGCAAAACUGCGUCUGCUUGCCUUACAAGGAGUUGAAGAGGGAUGUUUCCAACGAGGUCAUCAUGUAGAUUUUACAUCCUACAUACACAAAAGGCUAUGGAUAGAGUUGGUCGUGUAUAGACCAUCUUUAGCAUGAAUAAUGAGCGAACUUAUGUUCUUGAACAA